UGGUGGUGGUCUCAGUGGCAGCCUGACAGCUCCGCGCGGCACACCACCACCACCACACCCUCCUCCACACCAUCACGGGAGUUCCAGAGCUCGCCCGUCCACUCUUGAUCCACAUUUAUCCACAUUGGAGUAUCUCUAGGUGGAUUUUGGCCCGAUUGCAGUGGAUUUUGGGUGGAUUUAAGUGGAUCUUGUCAAAUUUCCACUCGAGUUCUCUUAGCCCGUGUACAGGAGGCCCGUUUUAACCACUUCCUCCACUUCCUCCACCUCCUACUCCACUUUUUCCAGCUUCUAUUCCACCUAGUAUCCACAUUCUCGUCAACCUCCACCUGUCUCUCCUUCUAUUCCACCUUUCAUCUACGCCCUUGUUUGUUUCCACUUGUUUUUUUCUCUUCCACCUCUUCUACCUCUUCUUCUUCCUCCUCCACACGUUUUCUUGUACUACCUCCUCCUCCUCCUCCUCCUCCUCCUCCUCCUCCUUCUGAAAUAAGUGAACGAAAGAUUUUUGGAAGAGAAAGAAAAAAAAAUUGAAAAGUUUGGCUGAAAUUUAGUUAAAGAAAGAAAAGAAUAAAGAAAUAAAGAAAGAGAAAGAAAGAAAGAAAGAUUUAUUGAGGAAAAGAGAAAAAGAGAAAAGCAAAGAGAAGGAGAAAUUUGAUAACAGGAAAAGAAGAAGAAGAAGACGAAGGGAAAGAAGUUUAAAGUUAAAUUGAAGAUAACAGAAAGAAAACGGAAGGAAAAGAGAGAGAAGAGAAGGGAGGACUAAAGAAAAAAACGAAGGAAACAAGAAAUUAAAUUGAAGAUUAACGAAAGGAAAUUUUAAACGAAAGAAAAGGAAAGAAAUAAGAAGAAAAGAAGAAAAAAAUAUUAAGAUUCUGAAAUUCAACAAAAACAAAACAGAAAAAGGAAAAAAAACAAGAACGAAGAAAGAGAAAGAGAAAAAAAUGAAAAGAUAAAUAGAAAAAAUAAAUCUUGAAAAAUAUAAAUUAAUUGACUUUUUUUCGAUAAAUUUUGUGCUUUUUGGAAAAUUUUGAACCAGUUUUCGAAAAUUUCUGGAAAAGUGGAAUGGAAUUAAGUGGAAGAAUGUGGAAAGGGUUAUAAAUCCUCCUCCUCCUCCUCCUCUUCCUCCUCCUCCUCCUCCUCCUCCUCCUCCUUCUUCAAGAUAAAAUGACAAGAAGCAGCGUGUUUGUUGUAUGGGUGGUGUUGCUGCUGGCAGGAACGAGAGGGGUCCGUGGUGUCCCCUUGCGCGGCCACAGUGGAGUUAUCUUUGGCACUGAGUUUUUACGCAUUCUCGACGACCAUGCAGGUGGUUAGCGGCUACGGACGAGGGCCUGGAGCAUCCUACACGCCUCCUGGCAAGAGACGAAGGGCGUGGGGAGCCAGCAGAGACCAGAAAUGAUAGGUUAAGUUUAAGUUCGUCAGCCAUUUGGGACAGAAUCUGAGAGUGAAGGUGGUGGUUCUCCUGUUUUUUCGUCUAGGGUAAGUUCUAGGGAUUCCCGUAGGUUGGGUACUGGUAGUAGUGGUUCUUCUCUUCCUGGUUCUUCCUCAUCUGGUUCUUUGGCCUCGUCUCUGCCGUCUAAUCUUGAAACUGUGAAUAGGCUCGGGCAGAGGACCCUUGGAAAGGUGGAGUCUUCGCCAGCGUUCUCAUUUCUCAGUGAGUUCUCGGAUGCCCUCAGUAAUUCCACCUUCACCGAGGACGACUACAAGUACUUGACUGACUACUACUACUACGAUCUGUACGCCGAUGAUGCUGACACGACCACAAUCCCUGCUCCCACCACCAGGCGCGGGGAGAGGACCCGUCUGCUACACCCCGCCUCCACCACCACCACGGAGGCGCCACCACCACCUCCCUCCACUACCACUUCUACCACCACCACAGAGAAAUCUACUACAACCACCACCACCACCACCACAGAGCCUCCUUCCUCCACCACCACCACAACCACCACCACACAAUCACCUCCCUCCACCACAUCGACCACUACCACCACAACCACAGAGCCUUCUUCUGCCACCACCACCAGCACAGGCUCACCACCGUCCAAGAUGCCGCCGGCCGCCUCCCCCCGCGCCUUCCGCUACACCACCAUGCGGCCCAAGUCAGGCGGCAAGAGCGGCGGCAGGGCGCGGCGGCCUUCGAGCCCUGCCCGCCUGGCCAACAAGGUGGGAGACGCCCGCAGCCGCUCCUCCGCCUCCUCCGUGGUGGUGGAGGUGAGGGUGGAGUCCCCCACCACCAGUGCGCCCUCUACCACAACCACCGCCGCCGCUACGCCUAGGCACCGGGGUCGCAGUGCCCGCCCCGUGCAGGCCGCCGAGGAGCUUGGCCCCGCCAGCCACCUGCUGACCCACCCCCUGGUGGUGCAGAUGCGGGACGGCGCCCCCGCCACUGGCCACAGGGGCACCCUCGGCCCCCGCUCUGCUGCCACCACUGAUGCGCCUCACACCACCAUCACCAUCACCACCACCACCACCACCACCACAGCUGCUACCACCACCUCCAGCACCACUACCACACCUGCCACCACCACCACCACCACCACCACAGUAGCCCCUGCGGCUGGGGAGGCAGAGGUGGUGGAGCAGAGCGUGGUGGCCUCAGUGACCCGCUCUGAAGCGCAGAACAGCGCUCCUCAGCGGCCCCAUGUCGGCUCCCCUGAGGCCCAGCAGGGGAUGGCGCCCCAGGGCUUGGCGCCCUUCGGGCACGCUCCCGAGGGUUGGGCUCCUUUCGGCACAGCUCCCGAGGGCGUAGCGCCGCAGGGCGUCCUGCCCGGGGGCGUACAUCCCGAGGGCGUGGCGCCGGAGGGCGCGGUGGGGUUGCGGCUGGUGGACGCCAGCGUGGCGGCGGGGGGCGCGGCGGCAAACAGCACGGUGGGCUAUGUGGUGGAGAGCCAUAACGUGCGGCGCUUCCGCCACGAGGAGCGCACCCCCGAGGGCCUGAUCAUCGGCGAGUACGGCGAGGUGGACCACCAGACGGGCGACGUGAACGGCGUGCGCUACGUGGCGGACAGCACGGCGGACCCGCGCCUCAUCUACGACUCCCUCAUGACCUUCCUGCAGCUGUGAGGGGCCGCCGCUGCCGCCACUCAUGCUGGCUCCAUUAUUUAUUCUCCGGGAAUAUUUAUGCCGCGCAUCAACCCACGCCCACGCCCACAUCCACACCCCCACGCCCCUGGAGUGUACCGCCAGCCAAUGUUUGCUUGUCCUGCCCCGGGCCGCGCCACCCCGCGCCGCGCCCUUCGGCCAAGUCUUAUCUGUGAUGGUAAUCUUGUGAUGUUCACUCUGUGUCUGCGCACACACACACACACACACACACACACACACACACACACACACACACACACACACACACACACACACACACACACACACACCUUGCCCACAGCAAAAAACUACCCAGUCUUACAACCACUCCUGUGUGUGUGUGUGUGUGUGUGUGUGUGUGUGUGUGUGUGUGCGCGCGCGCGCGUGCGUGCGUGAGUGCGUGCGCGCGUGUGUGUGCGUGUGCGCAGGCACAGAGUGACCUAUUAAGUUCUUAUUCAUAUGAAAAAAAAUAAAGAUGCAUAAAGAAAAAAAAACUUUAUCAAUGGAAGUCCUGUAGCCGCCAAUUGCUCAACAGUAGUAGUGAUUCCCCCCUCUCAUGCACACACACACACACACACACACACACACACACACACACACACACACCAUUCAUGUUUUCACAAACCUCUUUUUCUAUCUGUGUUGCCAUGUUCCUGAUUUUUAUGAAGUUGAAACCUUUUGUAGCCUUGUAGUUUCACCUCUACAAGUAUUUUCUUUGUAUAUUAUUAUUAUUAUUAUUAUUAUUAUUAUUAUUAUUAUUAUUAUUAUUAUUAUUAUUAUUACUGUUGAAUUUGUAAUGUACUUUUUUUAUGACCAAAAAUUUUUAACAAUUUGUGCAGAAGAAAUCAGGCAUUUUCAUUUAAUUAUAUACAUAUUUUGUUCUUAUUUUUAUUUAUUUUUUCAUUUACAUUGUAUUUUAUCAUUUACCCUAUCUUUUGUAUAAUUUCCUGUAUGACUCUCUCUCUCUCUCUCUCAUUUUAUAUACAUAACUCCCUUUAACUUCCAAACAGGGUAAGGAGAUGGAACUGUAAUAAUAAUAAUAACUAAUUAGAACAUUGAACCCCAUAAAGAAAAUCCACGUAUGUUGUAUUAGUGGCAUUUCUUUGUUAUUCAUCAUCUCUGUCUCUUCUUUACCUUUUAGUCAGUAAGUUCCUUUGGGUUCUGUUAUUGUCUGUAUUUUUGUCAGUCAAGAAAAGAAAUACAGCACUUGAGAAUCCC